UGCUAAUUGUGGCCUGCUAAUCCGCCCCUUCCCCCAUCUUCACCCACCUCCACAUCCUCCCCUAUGUCACAUACGAAAAAGGCCAGGCACAUAAAGACUCAAAGACAAGGGAAAAGGUAAGGAACUACACCCUGUUAAGUAUUUAGGUGGAAGUGGGACCGAGAUAGGUGUUAGUACAACUGGACAAAUCUGGGAAACCCAUCGCUCACUCAGAUAUUCCCUGCAUAGAAUGUAACUGUGCCCUUUAAUCUCUCUCUGCAUCCUCUGCCUACUACAAAAUCCACGCCACUAUGGGAGAAGUCCAAAAGGGUUUGUUUUCAGUCAUUGAGAAGCUAAAGGGCACUACAGAGCAAGAACUUCGGAUAGUCCUUCUCGGUCUGGAUAAUGCUGGGAAAACCACUUUGCUAAAACAACUUGCUUCUGAAGAUGUAAACACCAUCACACCUACUCAGGGUUUCAAUAUUAAAAGUGUGACCUGUGAUGGCAUGAAGCUGAAUGUGUGGGACAUUGGAGGACAAAGGAAGAUUCGACCCUUCUGGAAAAAAUACCUGGAGAACACAGAUUUAUUGAUCUAUGUGAUUGACAGUGCAGACAAAAAGAGAUUUGAGGAAACAGGACUGGAGCUCUCAGAACUCAUUGAUGAGGAGAACUUGAAGGGUGUGCCAUUGCUCAUCUUUGCCAAUAAACAGGACCUGGUCACAGCCUCCCCGGCCAGUGAGAUCGCUGAGGGCCUCAACCUGCAUACAUACCGGGACAGAGAGUGGCAGAUCCAGGCCUGCUCUGCUGUAUCUGGGGAAGGUGUACAGGAGGGCAUGAACUGGAUCAGCAACAACAUUGUAAAUAAGAAGAAAUGAACCUGUUUACUUCCAAGUUUUAUUUUAAACAAACACACUGAUUCUUCAUCUGUAUUAAUAUAAAAAAUGUAGAUAUUUUCCUUGGGACACUCUUUUUGUACUAAUAUGAACAAGCUUUUUUCAUGUUAUGUAAUGUAAUUUGGCUGCCAACAGAGACUGAAAAAUACAUAAAUAAUUUCCCCCUCUCUUAUCUUUACUCACAGAGAAUUUGUGUUGUUCUCUGACAAGACAAGCUCACUAACAAUCUAUAAACAAUGCUGUUCCUGUCACUGUUUUGAGAGAUAUGAAAUACUGGGGCAUAAAUAAUGCAAAAAAAAAAAAAAAAAAAAAGCAGCACUAGCUGCCUAAAACAAGGAUGAUUCAUUCACGUAACUAUCAAAAGUACUUAGAGUUUUCCUCAGCUGUUCUAGUUGCCACACCAAAGAGUUCUCACUAAUGGAACAUUUCAAAAGUUUAAACUCUCUUACUUUGUCUAAGAAGAUAUGUGAAACCCAUGUUUUUGUCUCUGUAUGACUGGAUAUUAGUCACUAUGUUUAUCCUGUGUGUGCAUCAUGCACGUGAUUAUGUCAAAUGAAUUGUGACAUUACAUUUUCUGUAGUUUUUAAAGAUUUUAACAAGAUAUUAAUUUUUUAAUUCACACAAGAGCAAGGGCUAGCAAUGUUUAUAAUGGAAAACUAUCUUAGUACU